GCGGCGCGGGGGGGAGCUGGGAAACUUGCAGCAGUUGUUGCGGGGUCGGGGCGGCUCAUCGCCUUCCCGGCAGCGGGGACCGGCGGGUGGCGGAGGUACCGGGCUGCGCUGGCACCGGUGGACGCCCGGCGGGGCCGGGACCCGCCCCGGUGUGCCGGUGUGGUGGGACGGGUGCGAGGCCCCUGCCCGGGUGUCGGGACGGGGCGCGGCGGGCGGAUCCGCGGGGGGAGCGGGCGGGCGGGCGGCUCCGCUGGGCCCCCCCUCGCCGGGGGGGGCUCCCUCCUCAUCCGGAUGGAUGUCACAUCCACUCAGGGCUGAUCCCGCCGAGACGGGAGGUGCCGGGCGAGGGAGGCCGGGCUGGGGGGGCAAAGGGGAGGAAAGGGCAGGCUCAGCCCCAUCUUGGAGUGGGGGGGCACGUCCCCCUCCCCGACAGCCCUUCGGAAGGGGUCCCCUGUUCGCCCCACAGCCUGGUUUCCCCCGUUCCCUGCCACCACUGCUGACAGUGGUACCCCGUCCGGCGCACAGAUACGGUCCAUCGAGUGAAUCCAGCCCCCAGCCUUAUACCUCUUGCUUCCCUCCCAUCCCUGUCCCGUUCUUCGCCCGUUUCCCUCGCAUCCUCCCCCAGCUCCUACGCGCUGUCCCCGCGCACCCCUUGCCGUGGGAGUGCUCUUCCCCCGCAGCGUAAGCAGGUCCUGCUGUCUGCUGCCUUCACCCUGCAUCGCCCCGCUCAGCUGGGUAACCACUGGCACCGGGGGUAACCGUCCCCUGUUGCACUGGGUACAGCUCAAAGCAAGGGCCGGGAAAAAUCCCUGGGCAUCCCUUCGGCCUCUGAGAAACGGACAGCCAGGAGGAGCAAGUUUCUUGUAUGUAUGAGAUGUUUUAUUGAACAAAUGAAAUCCCUUGCUGAUAUGCAGCUUCCGGCUGUCACACUGCAGCUCCUGAGUUUUUCGCUUUGAACGCCUGUCCUGGGCUGCCCGGGCAGCCUCCCUGUAAGCUUUCCUUUGCAGGACUUCUCCUGCCUUCAGUCAGUGGGACCAGCAGGGCUCCCUCCAGCCCACCAGUUUCUUACAGCCCAACCCAUUCAUCGCAGUGAUUUAAAGAGCAUCAAUUUGAUUCACGAUUCAAAUCAGCAAGCAGGAAGCCUUAGCUCCAUCAUUGAUUUUUCAUCUCUGUUGCAUUUGUGCUUUUUACCUUUCAUUAUUAAAGAAAAGCUCACUCCGCUGGAUGGUGUAACCAUCCGGUUUCAGUGGCUCGCAGGCAGGCAUGGCCUUUACUCUGAAUUUGGUAAUUCUCCUUUGAUAACCGGGAGGACACACUGUGCUUAUCCCAUUUAUUUUAGUAAUAACUCACAUGUAUUAAGAUAGGCUGUUUUUUAUAGAUUUGUUAUGUUACAGCGAAUGCCAACUAUUCCUAGUGAUAACUUUUUUUCCUUGGCAUGUGUGUCAGUCUUUGUUGAGAUAAAACGUUAAUUUGAAAUAUAUGAAACCCCCAUCUUUAUUAUUUAUCAGUUUACUUCAGCAACCUUGAAUGUGAACACAAGCAUAACAGGCAAGAAAGACUGUAAAAACAGUAACUGAUAUAUUAAACAGGAGAGUAUAUUUUUUGUGGGGAGGGAAUUACAGAUUGCUGCUGCUCAGCAGGAGCCAGAUUUUUUAGCAGUGCGAUAGUGCAGAUAUUUGGGCGCCCGCCCCACAGGGGUGAUUUGGGCUAUUUCAUUAAGAGUUAUGUCUCUGCACCUCUGGAGCCUAAACACCAUUGAAAAUCCAGCCUAACACCCUCCAGGAAUUUAAUCCUGUCUGGUUUGUACUUGGGAACAAGGAGAAGAAAUCAUGCUUUCCUGUUUGCUACUGGCAUUUGGUUUCUCACUUUCAAAUGAUGAGAUCUAAGUGAGGGACUUAGUAUCUUGGCAUCUGUCAGAAGGCAAAAGCAGCCAAGGCAGUCUUCUUUGCACACCAGGAAUUUGGAGGAACUCGAGGAUGGAUGAAUACAAGUUUUAGCUCCACUGCGAGAAAGAAAAAUGUCAGCAGCCCUGCCAGCGGCGCCGAUGGGGGCUCCAUGUCCUGCCUUCCCCUGCAGCCGCCGGCCCACUGCUGUGGGGUGGCUGGUCUCACCUCCAGAUAAACGUGCUCUGGGCAGAGGCAGGCAGGCAGGCAGGCAAACUGCGUGCAGGGUGGACAGGCUCCGUCCCCCCAGGGCGGGAUUGUCAUAACUGCUGCAUUUUGGAUCUGCGGGUGUUGACAGCUCUGUCUGUGCCACCGACAGCGGCUGCGGCAUGUGCCGGUGUGACACACUUUAAACCCGGGCUGACCUCCAAAGAGAGAGGCUUCCUGCCAGUGCUGCUCCUGUUAAACUCCUUGAGCAAGUGAAACUGGAAGAUGUCACAGUGAUCCAGUAUAUAAUUUUUUUUCCUCCUUAUUGAAGUGAUUUUAGUAGGCUGUGGGUAGUAAAUACAUUCAGCCCACAGCAGGAUGAAUGAAACCCAUCUUAAAGUGCACAGUGUGCUCUCCCGCCGUGUCGGGGGUGCUGCUCUGUGGGGAAGUGCCUGAGCAUCGUGGCACCCUGGGAAGAAAGCAAACACCUCAGGGUGCCUGGGGGCUGAGUAAAGGGCUGCCGGUGCCCCCGCAGUGGUGCUGGUAUGAUGCCUGCAAUGAACCUCGCCUGCUUUUUGCGGCAGGGUGGGGGUUUGAAGGGGUCUGUCUCACCUGGAGCAUCUCUUUCUCCUGCUGUGAGGGCAGGGCACCUUUCGCCUGUCCUCGCUGUGGCCCUGCUCUGCUUCUUGUGUCCUCCCCCCCUCCCCUAACCACCUCUCCCCGCCCUUGUUUCAGGGCUGCCUGAGGAUGCGUCACCCCUUGGCCCAGCCACCAUCUCAGGGGUGCUAGGAGCCCGUCUCGCCAUCCCCGUGCUGCCCUGCCGGGCUCUGGACCUGACCCCUCCGUGGGCUCCUCCGGCGGGAUGGCCCAGGCGGGGGGACCCGUCCGGUUCCACCCCGAGGAGGGCUGCGCCGCCUCGCCCCCGUCGUUCGCCCGCGGGGUGGACCGGAGGCCAUGGCUGGCAGGGGGGAGCCCCGAGGCUGGCAGGCGCAGCCCCCCGCGCUGCCUCACCCCCAACCUCAACGCCGGCCGCCUCCACCUCCUGCGCAAGGGCCUGGCCCCUGACGUCCGCCGCUGCCCCCUCGGCCUCUACAACAGCACCGGCUCCUUGGCCCGCAAGCCGGCAGAGGCGGCUGCUUUCGGCAACGGGGGCUGCCCGGGCACGGGGCGCCUGACGGCCCCCUGCACCCCACGGCGGGGCAGGCCCAUCCCGGCCCUCUCCUCCCCGGGCAGCCGCAGCCCGUUGGUGGCGGCGGCCCCGGAGGGACACAGCUCCGUCGUCACCUUCCGCUUCAUUGAGAAGGCCAGCGUGCGGACCCUGGGCGGCCUGCCGCCCCCGCAGCCCCGCUGGGAGAACGGCCCCCGCAGCCUCAGCCGCAGCCUGGAGCUCGGUGGGGACAGGGGGUCCCCCCAGCCCCAGCCCCUGCCCCUACCCCAGGAGCGUCUCCUGCGCACGCUGAAGCUGGAGGCCUCCGCCUCCGAUCCGCUCCUGGCCGGGGGCAGGACCCCGGGGGGGACACAUCCCUGUGGGAAGGAGCCCUGCGCCCUUGAUGCCGACUGCCUCUGCCGCUCCCUCGCCAACGGGCUGCCAGAGGAAUUCCCUGCCAUUGCCAGGAGCCCCCUGAAGCUGGAGCCCCGACUCCAGGGCAGCGCCUGGCCGUACCCCCGGCAGAGCUCGGCCCAUGCCCAGCGCAUCGCCAGGGCCAAGUGGGAAUUCUUCUAUGGCUCUUCGGACACCCCAAAGACAGGCUCCUCUGCCCCUGACUCCACUCCCCUGGCCGAGCCCCCCAAGAAGCCCGUCCGCCUGCUGCCCGCUGAGCCACCAGGGCCGGUGCCCGAGCACAGUCUGAGCCACGUGGAGGUGGAGAUAGAGAUGUCUCCUCUGGGCGGCCAGAAGCUCGGCUCCUGCGAGACUGGGAUUAUAAGGAGGACGGUGAAGUACUCAGAGACAGACCUGGACACCGUGCCGCUGAGGUGCUACCGUGAAACCAACAUCGAUGAUAUCCUGGCUGAGAAGGAGGAAGUGGAUUCAGCAAUUGAGAGCCAGAAAGACAGCGAGAGCAACCCAAGCUUCGGAGGCACACCAGGCAGGAGGAACAGCACGCCGGAGGAGCCCCCUGCCCUGGCCACUGGCUGCCCGAAGGAUGGGCUGCGGGAUGGGAAUGUGGAUGAGGAUGAUGAAGUGUUUGAGGCAACAAGGAAGGAGAACAGGGAAAGGAGCAUGGACCAAGACGCACAAGGUAUGCUCAAAUCUCCAGUGCCCUUCCUCCUAGGGCACAGCCUCUCCAAGGAUGGUAUGGACUCUUUCAGCAAGCAUUUUGAGAGCAUCAUGGAGUCCCAUCGAGCCAAAGGCACAUCUUACACCAGCCUGGACUCCAUUGACAUCCUCUCCUCCCCAGCCCGCACCCAUGGGACCUUUUUCACUUUUGACGUCCCAGCCCUCACCCCAGAAAUACAGGGACAGAUCCGAGACAGCGCCAAGCUGAUCGAGGAGAACUUUGCUCCUCUGGCUCACUUGGAGCCAGACUCUGGGACCAGUUCGGCCACAGAUGCCCCCUGGACGGAGAGAGAGGAGGAGCGGGGGAGACGAAAGAAGGGUGCUCGGCACAGCCCUUGCCGCUCAGAGGACAGCUUUGGUACUCCCUUGGCCUCCAACAUGAGUGACCACCCCCUGAGCCAGCUGGUUUUGGACUCAGACUCAGAGAUGGACAGCGUGGAGCAGCUGGCCCUGGGCAGCACGGACACCCUCUCCAAUGGACACAAGGCUGACCUGGAGGCUGCCAAACGCCUGGCCAAGAGGCUCUACAACCUGGAUGGCUUUAAAAAAGCAGAUGUGGCACGUCACUUGGGGAAGAAGUACGUCAAUGAGUUCAGCAAGAUGGUGGCCGGGGAAUAUCUGAAGUUCUUCGUGUUCACAGGGAUGAGCCUGGACCAGGCUCUCAGGUCCUUUCUGAAGGAGCUGGCCUUGAUGGGAGAGACACAAGAGCGAGAGCGAGUGCUGGCUCAUUUUUCCCAGCGUUAUUAUGAGUGUAAUCCCAACGCCAUCUCUUCGGAGGACGGAGCCCACACCCUCACCUGCGCCCUGAUGCUGCUAAACACAGAUCUGCAUGGACACAACAUCGGGAAGAGAAUGUCCUGCUCCGACUUCAUUGGCAACUUGGAGGGGCUCAAUGGAGGCACUGACUUCCCCAAGGAGCUGCUCAAGGCACUGUACGGCUCCAUCAAGAACGAGAAGCUGCAGUGGGCCAUAGAUGAAGAGGAGCUGAGAAAGUCCCUCUCAGAGCUGGCAGACCCCAACCCUAAGUCCAUCAAGCGCAUCAGCAGUUGCAGUAACCCUUUUCUGGACUUCUCCCAAGACUCCAGCAUUGCCACCUACAAGCACGGACUGUUAGUGCGCAAGAUCCAUGCUGAUCCCGACUGCAAGAAAACACCCCGAGGGAAGCGCGGCUGGAAGCCCUUCCACGCCAUCCUGAAGGGGAUGAUUCUCUACCUGCAGAAGGAGGAGUAUAAGCCGGGGAAGGCGCUGGCAGAAGAGGAGCUGAAGAACGCUAUUAGCAUCCACCAUUCGCUUGCCACGCGGGCGUCUGACUACAGCAAGCGACCCAACGUCUUCUACCUCAGGACAGCUGACUGGAGGGUCUUCCUCUUCCAAGCACAGAACCCCGAACAGAUGCACUCAUGGAUCACACGCAUCAACGUAGUGGCAGCCAUGUUCUCCGCACCACCCUUCCCUGCAGCCAUUGGCUCCCAGAAGAAGUUCAGCCGCCCACUGCUGCCCAGCUCCUGCACCAGGCUGUCCCAGGAGGAGCAGGUGAAGAGCCACGAGACCAAGUUCAAGACGAUGUCAGCGGAGCUGCUGGAGCAUCGCUCCUCACUGCCUGAGAAGAAGGUGAAGGGAAAGGAGUACGAGGAGCUGAAGCAGAAGGAAGAGUACCUGGAGUUUGAGAAAUCCCGCUAUGGCACCUACGCCAUGCUGCUGCGGGCCAAGCUGAAGGCCGGCUCCGAGGACCUGGCAGCGUUCGAGUCCACCCUCUUUGACGCAGCAGGCGGGGAGGACGAUGGCCUGAAAAAAUCCCGCUCCAGCCCGUCGCUCAACGCAGAGCCCUCCGGCACGGCCACCAAGGUGAAGCGCAAUGUCUCGGAGCGCGCCGGUCGCCAGCCCCCCGGCCACCCUCAGAAGUCGUAAGCAAGGGACAUCAGCUGCCCAUGCUGCAGCUCCGUUCCUGCUCCUCCGUGGCGCUGGGGUGGAGGCCAUGCAGCAUGGAGAUGCAGACCCUGCAUGAGUCCGUCCAUCUGUGGCUCAAGCUGGGGAGGUGACAGCUCUUUCCCAGCCACCAGCACCAACGAGGCAGGGCCGCAGCCCCUCCGCCAGAGACGGUGGCGGAGCAGGACGGUCCCUGGUCCUUGCCUGUGGGAGCUGCUCGCACUGUCAGCCCCAUCAGACUCGUUCCUGCCCCUCCUUGUCCUGCACGUGGCUGCAGGACCCAGUCCCUCUGCUCCAGAGAGGGGGAACAACUAAAACCCACCUACUGGGCUCAAUUCUUCAGUGGUUUAAAAAAAAAAAAAAAAAAAAAAAAAAAGACAAAAACGCAGCAAAACAAAGCCAGCGGCCGCUUUUUCUCCAGCUCCAUUGUGCCAUGGGGGGCAGAUAUGAGGGGGCCAACCCUGGCCUGUCCCCUCUCCUGGGGCUGGUAGCCAGGGGAGCCAGGGCAAUGGCACGUGGCCCUUUCCCUGCCACCCCUGCACCCUCCCCGCUUUCUUACAACUUUUGAACGGUUUUUGUGAUACAGUUUUGCACUUUUUAGUACCAGAUUGAGCUGACCACCAGGGAGGGUUUUUUGGGGCUACUUUUGAUGCUUUUUGGGAACUGUUUAAAAAAAAAACAAAACCACAAAGCCAGCCAUGUCCUGUAGGCACUGACCUUUUGGGGGAAGAAGGAUUUUACACAGACUCAGGGGGGGAGACCCCCCACCGCCACCCCCCACCCCCAGCAGCAAACUGACCAUGGGCUCCUGCUGGAGCCCUGCUCUGGCACCAGCAACCCUUCGGAGUGAGACAGCCCUGUGGCUGCUGGCAUCAAGGAGGCAGCUUUGGGAUGGCAGCUGCACUCAUGGCUGCACGGAGGGGGAAGCUGACACCCUGGUGCUUCAUGACCUCCCCCAGCAGCCUGGAUGGGCCCCAUUUGCACCGCCUGGGUGUCAGCAUCGUACCCAGGGCAUGUUGGGCAGCAGCAUCUAAGUACUUCCAGUGGGGAGGUGGCACCUGAAGACAGGGUUGACUUACAGCUCCCCAUGGGGCUAGAGCCAGCUUCCCAUGCCAUUUCUUCAAUGCAUGGCCGGGGCCUUGCAAAGGCUGGUCCAAGUGCUGCGAGGUCCUUGGGCUGCAGCAGCAGUGGUGCAGCCCCUUCUUCCGCCAUGGGCUCCCUCCUUGCCAAGGUGAGGGGUAGGCUGGGGCAGCCCCCACCACCCCAGGCUGGGCUGGAGGAUGCUCGUCUGGAGCAAGGUGCUGGUGGUGGAGCGUGGCCACAGGAGUGCCCAGGGUGUGCAGGGAGGGGUCCAGGGAAGGGCUGCAGUUGGGGGUCUGGCACACGCGCUGUUCUCGGCCACCAGGGACCUGGCUGGUUUCAGCACUGACUUUGCGAAUGUGUCAAACUUUUUAUUCUGCUCUUUUGAGUCUAUUGCAAAAAAGAAAAAAAAAAAAAAAGAAAAAAUAAUCCACCCUUGCCCCAAGCGGCUUUGGGGGGAGAAAAACCUUUGUACAGCUUCUUCUCUCGGUUACUGAAGUAAAACUUGCUCUUCA